GGGGGGAUUCAGGCUUGGAGGGGUUCAGUCAUAAUCCCACAGAUGGCAGCUUCGCACCAUUGGCUCCUCAGCCAAGCAUAGACACCAAACGUCCCGACCUGCGAUUCCUCUUGAGGUUUUCGGAGACUGCGUCCCAGUGUUUUCCCAGCCCCGCUGCUCUGUCUUCAUGGCCUGAUUACCCUACGCUCAAAGAGAACAUCACCGCUUGCCAAUGCAAGCCAGCCUUCCUGUCAGUCCGUGUUCGCCGGAGGGCUGCCCGGUCCGCAGAGUCAGAUGCCGGUGUGAUCCCAAGUUUCAAGCUCAAGAGGGAUUGGGUGGGACCAGUCGUCCAGUGCUCUCUCGGGCCCCCACGGGAAUAGCGCCCCCCUCUGGCCUCCCCUGCAGCUGCGGGGUGGUGCUGAGGUCCUUCAGUAAACAGAGAGCGGCCAUUGAAAGAGAGUAUGGUCAGGCUCUGCACAGACUGGGCACACAGUACCUGAAGAGAGACUGCCCCCGGGGGAAGGGGGAAGUCCCAGAUACCAGGAGUGCUCUUGCGGUGUGGAGGUCUCUGGUUGAAGCCACUGUCCAGAGUGGUCUCUCUCGGCUCACUGCAGCAGAGACCUACCGCUCUCUGACGGCUGAAGCCCUGAAGAACCUGCGGACUGCCAAAGAGCAGCGGAUGAAGAGGGGCCUGGAGCAGCUGCAGCGAGUGCAGGGGGAGCUGGUGGAGGCGGCGCGGGAGCUGAACAAGGCGAAGAAGAGAUAUAGCCAGCUGGAGCACAUCGCUGAGGUCGCCAGGGAGAAGGCCGCGGACGCCCAGGCCAAGUCCAAAAAGAAUGACCAUGGGAUUCUACGCUUUAGAACAAGUAUGCAGAAGCUAAGUGUGAAGCUGAGCGCCCGGCUGAGCGAGUGUGACCAGCGCCUGACCGAGGCACGAAACGAGUACCUGCUGGCCCUGGCGGCCAUCAACGCACACCACGAGCACUACCGCUGCUCGGCCCUGCCCGGCCUCAUGCAGGACAUGGACGGGGACCUGUACAGCCAGCUCCGCGAACAGUUCGCUCUGCUGUGCGGGACGGAGAUUGACACCUGUCAGUCAACACAGAUCGCAUUCUGCAGGAUCCAGGACACCUCCCGCCAGGUGUCCAGGGAGUGUGACCUGCAGCUCUUCCUCCAGGAAAGCCCGGCCUUCACCAGGGCCUCGGUGUUUCACUUUCAGGCAGCGGCCAAUGACAAGGUGAGCACCGUGACGCAGCGGAGCGACGCCCACGAGGGGGAGAGCUUCCUGGACAAGGAGGCGCGGAAGUGGGCCACCAAGAUGGCCAAAGACUACAAAAUCAUCGCCCACGGGGAGAGGGCGCUGCAGGCCCUGGAGACCCGCGGGAGGCUGGGGCCGGUGGACGACCGGCCCGGGGUGGAGCGCAGGGCGGAAGAAGUGAAGGAGAGUGUGAGGAAGGCGCAGGUGAGCCGAGUGAAGGCCGAGGCGCGGCUGGCCCUGCUGCGCUCCUGCCAGGUGGACGUGGACUCCUGGGUGUCCGGCGCCAUGAGCCAGGCCGACGAGGAGCUGGAGCGGGAGCGGCGCCUGAGCGAGGCGCGCCUGUCCAACGGCGAGCUCUCGCCCCUGGAGGGGGAUGAGUUUGAGUUCACCGAUUUUGAAGAAUUUGAUGAAAACGGCGAUACGUUCACCGAGUCGUCCUUGGACCCCUGCCCCCGUGGGUACCCCCUGCCCUGCAGGGUCCUUUAUAGCUACCAGGCUUGCCAGGCAGAUGAGCUCUCAAUUACUGAGGGGGAGGAGCUCGAGGUGAUCGAAGACGGAGACAUGGAGGACUGGCUGAAGGCGCGCAACGCUGCAGGCCAGCAGGGCUAUGUGCCUGAGAGAUACCUGCAGUUCCUGAAGCCGUCUGCAGGGGGCGCAGCAUUACAGACAGUCCCGGGAAGCCCCCAGCCUGAUGGGGGUUCCACUGCCUCUGGGAGUUCAGCUGGGAUACAGGGGAGAGAACAUUCCACACCGAACGCAAGGCGGGCGCGGGCCCUGUACGAGUACCGCGGGCAGAGCGCGGAGGAGCUGUCCUUCCCCGAGGGGGCGCUGAUCCGCCUGCUGCGCUGCGGAGACGGCGAGGUGGACGACGGAUUCUGGGAGGGCGAGCUGGACGGCCGGGUGGGGGUCUUCCCCUCGCUGGUGGUGGAGCUGCUGGGGGAGGGCGACGAAGAGGAGGACGAGGAAGAGGGUCUUUCCUCCCCUACUCCUCCUCCUUUCUCCCCUCCGGUCCCCGUCCUUGGAGCCUCGCCUGUACCACAGUGCUCCUCCCCAGGUCCGGGGACCUGGUCAGCACACAGCAUGCCACCUAGAGGCCCAGAAGAGCGACUGCAGGCAGUGCCUCAAGAUGUUCUGAGACCGCCGGACAGGGGAGCAGAGAGCGGAAGCAGUGCUCACAGCUCCCCGGAAGUCUCAGCGCGCAGGAUUCGCCCGAUGCGCGCCCCCCCCCUGCCCCCCGCACACAGGCGCUCCCCGGCGCCCUGAGGAGACGAGGGAUGAAGACACGAGCAGAGACCAGGCAGGCGUCGGUCUCUCCCUCUGCUGGGUGGUCCGCGACCUGUCUGCCUCACAGCAUGACGGGACCGGGCACUUCCUCCAGCCGACGCACCCAGGACUCUUGACUGCACUCUUCGGCGACAGUGCUGCCCCCUGGUGGCUGUCUGUGGCACGGGGGAACUACCACUCAGCCCAACAGAAGUGCUGUUCAGAAACACGGUGGGCUGGUCGUUCCCACUCCAUUAUAUCUUCACUGUUUUCUAUAAAGAAUUCGUGUUCUGCAUCAGAAAUUUUGGGUCUAAAGGUCUUUAGUCUUUAGUUAAACUCACUUCUUUCAUGUGUAUCUAUGGGCGGUUGUAGUAUGUCACAGUAACGUUUUAAUAACAGGAGGGUGAGACGCUUGUACUCCAGUCAGUCAAAACAGGGAUUUGAAGGACAGCAAGCAGUUUUGAUCAGCUGUUCUCUGUCCGUGUCAGGUGGCAAACUAUCAUUUGUCAAACAAAGCCCAUUUCUAAAAUAUUUGCUGAAGCGUGCAUUCUUUCCUUUGUUUUGUUCGUGAUGCUGUGAGAUCUGGGAAAUUUAAUUGGGCACCUUGAGCCAGAUUUCCACUGAAGAAGGCUAGUCCCUUUCCGAUGUAAUGUGAGCAAGUUUUAUCAGCAUUAUGUUUGUAUUUUAUUGCCGGUUCUAAAUUUUCAACCUAAAUCCGAGAGUUGUCUGCGCGUCAAUACUCUUGGUCCUGACUUAUGCCUCGGCAAAGCAUCCCUUACAAUCCUAAAGGUUUAGAGAUGCUCCAGCUUAACUCGGUCUCUGUGUUGUUAUUUUUAUUUAUUAAAUUCUUUAUAGCAAAACUAUUUAAUUUUAAUUACUUUUAUAUGUAAUAUAUUUUGUUAUUCAUUUCAAAUAUUUUCCUUUCAUUUCAAACUCUCGCUGCUACUUAGAAUGUAAAUUAUACAGUGGUGUUGGAGAACAAUUGUUUGCACAGCUUGGCUCUUAAUUCAUGUGAGACGGCUGAAAUAUUUUGCUCAGUGACAGAUCCUUGAGAUUUUCAAUACUGUAUUAAGGCUUCUUUGGCCUUCAAAGGACAGAAAGUAAGUAAAAGGCUAAAACUGGAAUAUCUUUAUUCAUGGGAGCAUAAUGCAAAUGUAACAGUAUUACAGUCUUGUACAUUGCUGGAAGAAAAAGAUAUUUGAUCAAAUUCAUGUAACAAUAUUUAAUUACAUCUCUCGAUAAGAGAAAAACCUACUUAGAGCGAACUGACUUUGGUGCUCUUAAGAAGAAGAAUUACCCAGCUGUAUUGGGAGUCCUGCUCAGUGUAUGUUUUAUUAUUGUACCUUCUUGGAAUUGGAAUGGGCAAGUGGAUUGUUUUCGGGUUUUGUUAGUUUGCAUCUGGUGUGAGGGACAGAUGCAGUCUACCCUGUGACCAGAGUGAUGCAGCAAGGUUUCUUUUAAUGCCCUUAGUAAUGUGAAAAAUAGCAGUUUGUUUCAACUAUGCAAGGCUGUCAUUUGUAUAUGCAUUGCUGCACAAAUAAAAAAUAACACUAGUUUGAGCGUG